AUGCAGGCGCCUAGCGCACCUGCCCUGCGUCUGCGGCUGAUCGAUCCCAGUGUGGGUGUCGUGUCUGGCGGUACACGUGUGGUGCUACAUGGCGCAGGUUUCCGUCCUCCUCCGCAUUCGCUCACAGUCCGACUGCGCGUGGACCUACAGGAUGCGGAAUACGACAAUCACUCCGACACAAGUGAUCAGCUCACGUGGACAUCUCGCCCGAGCAUCUCCAAUACGGUGGACAUUAAUGGGCGUUUCCUGCUCGAUACACAGCUAGAAUGUGUCAUCCCGAGCUUCGAGCGCCAAGCUGCACGUGUCAUUGCAGCCCGCAUGUGUCUCGCAGCGUCCUCCGCGUCGGUGUCCAGUGCGCCGCAGUUGGUCCCUUUGAAUGUCGAAGUAAUAUUAAACGGAGGUGAGCAGCGGUCCAACACGUUAUCCUUCAAGCUGCAUCAGCCACUGGAAGUGCGACGCAUAUGUCCCCAAAGUGUCUUCAUGAUGUCCCCUGCAGUCACCGCCACAGUGACGUUAAAUAUUUUGAAAUUAUCAAUUCCUGCCGCUCAUAAAUUGACACCUAAAGGUGGACAACUAGAAGUCCUCGAGGGCAUAAGUACUCUUCCGGUAUUUGUUCGAGUCAAACAGACGUCGGAACGUACCGGAGCCGUGUCCGAGCAGACAAGAGAGGGCAAGUGGAAGAUCUCGCCAUUAGGAGUAUACGUGGUGGAGUUUGACGCUCCUACUAUGGGCUUUGGAGCUGUCAGUGUGGAGCUUUCGCUCAAUAGAGUGGAGUUCUUUAAGUGUAAAAGUGACGCACCGCCCGAAGGCUUUGGUUAUCGAGUGCUUCGAGAUGUGACUUUACGAGCAAUGGAGCCAGCGUGUAUUAGUGUGACAAGUGGGCAGGCCACGGAGAUUAAACUGGUGGGGGACGGAUUUGUGGAUACGGGAGAUAUUGUAGUAGCAAUGGUGCAGAAGGAGUUAUCGUCUCAAGUUGAAAAGGAGGUGCAGGUGGCACAGCUGAAUGCGACGUACUAUGGCAAGAACGAAGUGCGAUGUACUGUGCCGGCUAAUUUGCCGUUUGGAUGCACGUCGUUCAGUGUCUCAUUGAAUGGCGGCAGGCAGUUUGGCCAGUCUCGUGUUGUUGGCUUGCUGCAUCGUGAUCGAGCGUUGGAAGUGGUUACUCCAGCGAGCAGCAGUCUGGCAGGAGGAACAGCAGUCACGAUUCGCCAUUCCUGUCUAACUCUCGAAGACGUGGACGCAUUUCACCAACUGCAACGACUGGAUCCGCCUCGGCGCAUUCGAGUUCGCUUUCAACCAGUUAGUUAUAGUGGCUCAGAAAGUGGCGGCCUCGCGAAGGUUGUGAACGCGGACGCUUUGUCUCAGACUCCCGGCGUUUUAAUCUGCAAGACCCCGAAUUUUAUGGAGAACAUUAAAGCUUUGAACGGCAUGCGAGCCGCUGGAGCGAGCGAGAAUGAUGGAGAUAGUGUGCCGUACAUAUGGAGAUUUACAGUGGCUAUAGCGCUGGGCGGCGACUUUUUCCAGGGUGACCUGCCAUUUUCCUUUUACCUGCCACCUGUGAUACGAUCGCUUACACAGCACCAUGGACCGUCGACCGGGGACACAUGUGUCAAGCUUCGGAUGAAGCACAAAGUUCCACCACGACUCAAGCUGCUUAUACGCUUUUCUACGCUUGAUUUCACCAAAAGCAUGACGACAGAAGGACAUGUUGUAGAACCGAAUACGACUACGAUCCAAGACUCAAAGAUCGAAUCGAUCGCACCUCAACAAAUUGCCGAUGAUCCUGAAUACUUAAUCUCCUGUACGACUCCGCCGUGGACUGAGAAUUUAGCCGGUACCACACGUGAAGUGCCGCAUUUGACGAUCCUGCAGGUCUCAUACGAUGCUGGAGUGACGUUCUAUCCUGUUAUUGAUCCACCACCGACAGUUACGCAGUCCAACCCUCUGGCCAAGGAUCUCUCGUACUUGUGUUUUCUGUUUUAUCCCCCUCCAAUUGUGCGCUCUGCAACACCUUUAUCAGCAGAUAUACUCGGCGGGAGCCACGUUCGUCUUCAAGGAGAGCACCUGGUGGACCACGGAGCUCAAAUGUCCGUGAUCUUUGAGUCGUCUACGAUGAGUCGAAAGGUUUCAGCUUUCGUUGAGAAAGGAGAGCUGCGAUGCUGUGCGCCGCCGUUCAAUGUUGGACGUGCACGAGUGUUUGUAUCUUUCAAUGAUGAGCAGUACACACUGUGUGAUCUUCACGAUCCGGAGACGAAUGCACCAGUGGAAUUUAUCUUCUACAGCUCACCGACUGUGACUCGUAUAAGUCCUCUUUGUGCUUGUGUGCGUCAGUCAAGUGAAUUGAAGAUUUACGGUACAAACCUCAUCGAGACGGACCGCAUUAAAGUGCGUGUCAGCUUUCCAGCGAGCGCUGGUCGUCGUCUUGUGUUCAAGGACGUUCCGGGUACUGCUCAUAAUGGCGUAAUUACCGCUACUACGCCCGUAUUCCCGGACGAGUAUGCUAAUCAGAAUGCGCUCGUAGACGUCGCGUUGAACGGAGCGAAUUUAUCAGGGACAUCCGUUCCUCUCCGGUAUUUUUCAAAGUACGGAAUCACACGCGUGGAUCCACCACUUGGUGCUUUUGAAGUUCCUGUAACCUUAACGGUAUUCCUGGCACCAGUCAUUGUUACGGACAAAAUACUGGUGCGUUUACGUCUUGGAUUUAUCAAGACGACAGCAGAACAUGAACCAUCCAAGCAGGAAUUAGAGAUCAUGUACGGUCCAGUUGAAGCGAGUACCUGGACUGCAUCUAGCGUGGAGGUCUUGAUUCCAGCUUUAAGUUCUCUAGUGGAGAGCUUGCCGGUGCUGACGACAGUACACGUGGAAGUAUCAUUUGAUGACGUGCAUUUCCAUGGCGUUGGAGACCUUCGAGACCAUUACCGUGUGUACAAUAUCCCUCAGUUAACAUCCGCAACUCCACUGUUCGGACUCUCCGAUCGCGAGACGAGAAUUAUGGCGCAUGGUGUACACAUGAGACCGGAUGGUGUCGUCAAGCUGACGUUGUUUCUGGAAUCGACUAGCGCUGACAAGAAAAGUAAAGACAGACGCGUGGCAACUAGAGCAGCCCUUGUACCAGUUACUACCGUCACUGCAGAUGUAAAUGUCAAGCGACAGCGGUUGAGCUUUACGUGUCCAUCGUUAUCCCAGCUUCGUGCAAGUACAGAUCGACAAAGUGCCCCUUUCAUCGCCCCCUCGCCUGGAAUUAUAAAUGGAGUACCAGAUCGUCGUAUUCAAGGGGAUUCAGUUGGUGGAAUGCUGCUGCCUGAGCGAGUUAUCAUGCAGAUAAGCGUCAUUGACGGUCAACCGAUCUCGCUCCCUUUUGUGUUCCGAUACUAUCGAGCCCCCACACUCGUAUCGAUGAACCCACGCGUCGGAUAUGUCUGCAGUGGGUCCAUAAUCUCGUUUGAGUUCGCAGAGCGUAUCGCCACCCCCACUGUAGACUUUCGAUUCGGCGAUAGUCUGCCUACAAGUGGACGGAUUCGAGACGAACGGUUUGUGGAGUGUUUCUCACCAGAGCUUUCAGCGGGGACUCAUAGUAUCAGCAUCUCAUUUAACGAGCAACACUAUGAACUUGCUGUCUUGAUGGAGCAUAAAGUGGAGUCCCAGGAGGAUAAUCAGCUCUCAGUCGCUACAUUCCACGCGUUUCCUCUGCCAGUGUUCGUUCUUCCACCUGCGGGGAGAGACCGUGUGUAUGCGUUUGGUCCGACAUCAGGCGGAACUGUGGUCGUUAUUAAAGGUAAGGGAUUCGUUCCCGACACGAAGAUUUACGUUCGAUUCGCGUCACAAUUCAAGGAUGCGUUCGACGGUCAGUCUGAGAUUAUUGUGGGAGCUAAAGUGGUGGAUGGUGAGACUAUCCGGUGUAUUUCACCGCCGUCCAUGCGUCUAGGCCGCGCUGUUCUUCACGUGUCGUACAAUUUACAGCAGUUCAGUGAUUCUACGUGCUACUUUGAGUACCACGCACCCACGCGAUAUGUUGCGAAAGGGACGCUAUGUGGCCCCAUUUCAGGUCAAACCCCAUUGAAACUGGUUGUCGAAGACAUGAAAGGACUACCGAGUCACACUCAACUACUCCAGUGUGCUGUACGUUUCGAAAGUGAAAAAAGUCACGCUUCAGUGGACGUUGACGCGCAGUUUGACCAGGAGACGUGCGUUUUGUCGUGUAUCACACCUGCGUGGCCAUCGAAUGAGCUCGUGAGUCUCAGGGUUUCACUAUCGCGUGGAGAAGGUGAACUGUUUGAAGACACACGCAUCAAGUUUUUGUUCUAUGACCCACCCGAGGGUGUGAUUAAGAUAGAACCUGCCGCCGGGCCAAUUGGAGGUGGAACGGAAGUGUUGGCGUGGUGUGGGAGUAUAGUGGAGACUGGGGAGAUUACAGUUUCAAUUCAACUCAGCAAACCUGAACCGGACCGACCAAACCUGACGACGAAACGCAGAAGUUCAACUACAUUGACCCCGCCUUUAUCUCGAAAGUCAAGUCUACGGGGUAAACAAAUAUUCCCUCCGAUACUGGUGAGAGGCGAAAUUGUUGGAGAGUCUGUGCGCUUUACAGCUCCUCCUGUCGAAGGUCCAUGCACGGCUGUUUUAGGCAUCUCAUUGAACGGAAUCAACUACACUUCGGCGCAGCGUCCGCUGCACUUCACGUACUACGUGGGGCCUGUACUUCGUCGGAUCAAUCCGGGAUGGGCCGCUCUGGAAGGUACAAAUGAAGCGCUUGUGAUCGAAGGCGAGCACAUUCGUGAUUUCAGCUGUAAACUAUUGGUGCGCUUCAGUCUCCAGGAUGAGAAGCAGCCAGAGCAGAAUGGCAUCGUGGUUGGAGCGCAGUUCAUCUCGACAUCUGCCACUAGUGACGGAGCACUUCGGUGUGUGUUUCCAGCUGCUCCUCCGGGCUUCUACGAGCUUGAAAUUAGUCUGAAUGGACAGCAGUUCUCGCAGUCUCAAUACGUGAGCAAAACGUUCGGUAAUUUGAGUGGCACAGCUUGCACAGCCUUGCUUCCUUUUCGACACUUUUCGUCGCCAUUCUGUCUCGCAACAGCUACUGGUCCUGCUGCGGGUGGAUCGACUGUGGUAUUAUUUCUCGGUGGGAAACUGUUGAAGAUACUCUCAAGAGAAACGAAGUGCCAAGUACAAUUCAAGCCUAUCCGAGGGACCGAGAAGAUCACUCACGUACCUCUUUCAAACACGAAUGGGGGCACUGGCCUCAUCAAGCUCUCAAGUAAUGUUGCAGAUGUUAUGUGUGUGGCUGGUGACAUUGAUCACGUCAAUGCUCGAGUUACGUGUCGUGCGCCACUUCUACGUGUUGCCUGUGUAUCCAAUGUGGAUAUACUGCUACCAAGUGGUAGUGGAGCGUCCACGGCAUGUCAGCUUUUCGGGUUACGCUCAAGUGAGCGCGAGAAGUACUAUUCGUAUGAAUCCCCAAGUAUCACAGAGAUCGCUCCCAGUUGUGGUCCUGUAUCUGGAGGUACACAACUUGUCAUCGAAGGAGCAAACAUCCUCGAUACGGCACAGAUUUUCGUACGCUUCCGCUCCAGUUCGAACGAACGAGAGUUUGUCCUCGUGCCUGCACGAUACAGUCGAACGUUCCCUGGUGGUUCAGCGAGUGUGUCUCCGCUAAUCAUUUGCAACACUCCCCCCGUUGAGUUUGUGGAUAAAACAAUCUCUACUGGUAUCGAAACUGCGGCUCAGAGUACUUCGCUGCUAACUCAACCUUCACCUCGCAAUAGAGAAGGUGUUGCUGCCGGUAAGGCACGUACACAAACAUACCAGAUGCUGGCUGAGCAGAGUUUAAAGGUUCAUCGAGCUUCCGUUGCGCAAGGCAAUAAUGACGCUGGACUGGGUAUUCUACGAAUUACUCGACCUAGCGUGAAGGCUACUCCACGAGGUAAUUGUGAAGCUGAGAGUGGAGCGACAGUUCUGGUUGACUUUACACUGAACGCUGGAGAGCAAUUCAUCGCACACAGUGUCCGUUUCCACUACUACCAGGACAUUGAUCCACGUCAAGUCAAAUGGACACCAAGACAUCUACCGACUCAGAGUCUUGGCGGACGGCAAGCAACGGAUUCAAGACUACUGACAGUGACAUUACCGAAAGCUUUCAGACUAACUGAGUCACCAGAACGGGUAUGCUUCCGCUUCGACGGUGUAGACGCCAACCUGCAGCUCUCGAUGCGACGCAAGUCUUCUGUAUUGCUGCACGAAACGGAGUCACUUACGGAAUUGGUGAUUGCGAAUCCUCCAAAGCUUCAGACACAAUCAACCAUGCGGAGAUCCAUCACGUACUUCCAGAACAGUAUCCUAUCAUCUGAGAAUCUCCCAGUCAGUCCUCCGGUGUCCCCACGGAACGACAGCAUUGGAGCAGCAGCACCUAUACGUCGCCAGGCUAUCGGUACACACGGGAUGACGAGUAGACCAAUUACGCCCGAUGUAUCAUCUCCUCGUCCCGCUACUACAGGACCAUCACCAUGUAUUGCUGGGAAAGUCAUCAGUGCGAACGAGGUUACUUGUAUUGUACCGGACUUUCCUACCCCAGGAACUGUCCAGGUUUUCUUCUCGCCAAACGCACAGCAGUUUGUGUGUCUUGGCGAGUUGUUGUUUCACCCGGCGAUGGUCAUUAAAGAUGAGUAUCAUCACACCACAUUUCGAUUCUGCUCGAAUGUCGGUGGGAGUCCAUUCGCGUUGCAGUGCUCCCCGUCAACUGUACUGAGGUAUCUAGCGCCAGAAGACGUGACGACAGCAGAUAAAAGACACGCUCAAAUUCAAGAUCUUGGACUAAGGAAGAACAGUGUAGCGUUGGAAGAAGCUCGGUCGAGAAAUUCUCAAGCAUCGCGUGAGAUUAAGGACGAGGCCACAAGUAUUCGUGAUAAUGAUCAGAAGGAGGAAGACUCGGACCCCGAUGCCAGAACAAUCGAUGAAAUUGACGAAAACAAGGCUGAUGAGCUUGAGAACGAGGAUGAAGAUGAUGACGCCUGUGACGUGACGCCAGAACCUGUUGAACGAUGGCAGAAGCGUUCAUUUCAUGCUGCUCAAGUGUUUCUGAUACCUGCUAACGUGAAGCUAUUGAAACGAGUGACGAUGACAGCGACUCGUGUGGAUAAUCGCUGUGAGGCUGGGAAAAGCGUUCCGGAUGACGCAGGGUGCUGCAUUUUUGACAUGUCGAACUGGGGUGAACAAGUUCUGCUUCGUGCUGUUUUGCCUUCGUCAUGUGGCUAUACCUCGUACUCUUCCGUCAUUGAACCAUCCGUGUUUCAUGAGGAGCAGAAAUCAUCGACAACGCACCUGGUGUUAACUCAGUUACCUGCUGCGGGGAAGGUUCAUGUCGCUGUAAUUGGGCCUUUUGAGGUUCAGUUCAAUGUGGUGAUUAUCGACGGUAGUGGAAAGGACAUCACGACUGCUACAACACACUUUGAGGCCGAAGAGCAGGAUAAUGUCAGGUGCAGCUUAACGUCAGUGGACCCAACCGUGCUGGUUGAUUCAGCCUGCGACGUCUGUUACGUGUGCGUUCGGUUUGGAGCUAUCGACAAUGAGACCUUCAGCGCUUCUGGUCAAGAUAUAACAAACGUUCAAGUGCUUGUAUCGGACAGCAGUAGAGUACAGCUUUGUCUCUGCGGGCCUCCUGUGAAAUCCUCUAUGUGGAUAGUUGGUCGACUGUCACUUCAGCCAUUCGAUCCCGCUAGCCCGUCACGAACAAUCGAAGCAGUCGACAAACUAGUUCAGGACGUUCCAGAAGACUCUACUGUCUACUCAGAGCUGAAUAAUCUUCUGAUGAGCCUUGCUUUGGCAUCCAAGCGGUCUAACACAGUAAGCUCUCAAUCUUACACUGUACCAGUGAUGUUUGAGUUCACAAGCGGCGACUCCUCCCGUAAUAUCACUGCUUCGUCCCGUGCGAGGUUGGUGCUUUCGGCUUCCGACAAUUUCCAGACUUUGUUAGCGAUUUCGCUCUCGCCUCAAACCACAAACGGACCAACUGUGACAUUGGAAUGUGCGAUGCCCUCGCUGACCUUUAGUGGCAUCGCAACACUUGUAGUAAGCUGCGGAGGUGUCGUGUUUUCCAACAGCGUCACGGUUCACUGUUACGAUCCAAGGAGUUGGAAGGUCAUCGCGCUUAGUCCUCCGUGUGGGCAGCUUCCUCUCUGUCAAGACCCUAAAGAGCCCCUUGAACCCAUGACACUUCGCUUAAAAGGUGAACACUUUGUCGAGAACCGUAAGAUAAUGGUUCGGGUGUCGGACAAGGACCGGUAUUUCACAACACCCGGUAAAGUUGAUCAAGUUCACGUGCUGAGUUUACGUAUCGCUGCAGUUAAGAACUUGCGAGUGUUACUACAGCCACUUGGUAUUGUACCCCACGCUUCGAACGCUGGACCAAGUGGAGCCACACAAAAGAAAGAAGAAAAGUAUCUGAGCUCCGUCGUUAGUGGGACGACCGGUGGCUCUAUCGUUGCACUCGUCUCGACGUGGUCAACUUUUACCUUCACAGUGCGGAUCGAAUGUGGAGACCAGAGACUAUUCGCUUCAUGUCGAGAGAAUAGCGUCUUCGCGGCGAUUUCUACAGGCUCCGUAUUGAGUUGGGAAGAGGAAUUUGAGCUUCGAAUCGCUGCCGACCGACGCGCUCCACUGCUAUUAACUGCUGAGCUUUCUGAGUCUUCUUUACCGAAGCCUCUUGAGCUCGCUCAAGCUUGGGUUCCUCUUAAUGGCAUUCAAGUAGGAUCGUCAGAUAUUCGACGCUAUACUGCAAGGUUUGAAGAGCAUUUCAAGCGAGGAUACUACGUCGGCAGCGAGUCAACUGCUGGAGCGGCAACUGAAGUGGAACUGCUGCUUCAGCUAUCGCCAUUGAUGCUCCAUCCGGACUAUAUCGUCUCCCAAAUCCCGUAUGCCUUGCUACGACAAUUAUCACCACAACCUCUUGACGUUCAAGUCUCAUCAGGCGAUGGAUUUUACUCCACUCCUCAUUCUUUCGUGGUGUACAAACCGCCAACGGUGACGCUAACUACUCCAAGCGUGUUGCCGCGAUCGGCAGGUGGCGAUGUGAUCGUUACUGGUACUGGGUUCGUCAAUAGCGGGCGGGUGUGUGUGCGUUUGUUCGCGUUCAAGAAGAACCGCUUCAAUAACAACAGCGAAGAACAGCGUGCUCUUGCAACAAUUAACCGAGUCCAGCGAUUCCAGCGAACGGAAAGUACGAACGACGGCUUCUUCCCGUAUUUCUCGCGAGAUGUGGAAGGCGUUUUCGUUUCUACUUCGAGUCUCAAGUUCAGAAUGCCGUCAUACAUGACGAGUUACAACGUUUAUUACUCCGUAUCUUUUGACGGUCGAUCGUUUACUGAGGCCUCGCACGUGUCAAACGUGCUGUUGUUUAGUAUCAACGCUGUAUCCCCUAAAGGGGGACCGAUAUCGGGCAAUACGUAUGCUACACUGCACGGCACGAAUAUUGACGCUUGCCUCUCUUCACGGUCUGGAUUGACUCCUCUUGUACGGGUUACGUGGAAGCGCGGAGCUCGAGAUCUCGAGCAUGUGACAGUACCGGGAGAGUUUUAUCCCCACGAAGAUGCAGUCUACUUCUACUCUCCACAGAGUAAAUUUGGGCUCUACAGUGUCGCUGUUAACGUUGAAUUAGCGCUGAUAAGCUCGGGCACUGGAGCGGACACGGUGCCGCGCUUUGGAAGAGACGAAGUCUCGUUUGUCAUGUACAAGACUCCGACAAUCAAGUCGGUCGCUCCGCUCACAGCUUUAGUGUCUGGGGUUUCAACCACGGAGAUUAUUGUCCAGGGUUUCGAAGAGAAAGCGGUCAGUAACAUGCGGUUGGCGCCUAAAUUACGCUUCAAAAGGAGAGGACAAAUGCAAGUAUCGGACGCUCAACUGGUGUCCGAGUCGCGCUUUGAUUGCAUCGUCCCGCGCUUCAACGUGCCAAACGCGGUAGCUACUGAGCUCCCGCUGUCCGGUAUUCCCCCCGUUCACAGAGUUCGAGCUGGAGGCGCAUUGAGUCCAAGACGCAACACUAGUCAACCUAAACUAUGGACACGUACAGCUGGAGUUUUUGUCGCUUUGCUAGGUGCGCGUAAUUUACGAGCAUCGAAGAAGAAUGCAUGCAACCCAUUCGCGGUGGUAUAUGUGGGUAAAUUGCAGCUCAAGAGCACGCGCAAGGAUGGAGUCUUCUCACCAGUGUGGAAUGAAUUAUUCGACUUCGAGUGGCCAUCCGACAGCGACUCCAACUUGGCAUCAGUUCGUGUGGUGUUUGAGAAUCAAUUGACUGCUGACCAGAGUGAAAGUCUGGGGCAUGUUGAGCUCAAAUUUCCCGUAAAAGACAAGCUAACCCAAGCUUUCGCGCUCCGUGCGUGGCUCCCACUGCGCCGUAUCCGUGGCAAAUAUUAUCGCAAAGAGAAUGAAGAAACAGCGGUAAAAAACCUGAAAACCUCAAAGCAAGCUCCAGCUCCAUCCAUUUCAACGUCAAACUUGGGAGAAGUGGAGCUAGCGAUCGCAUUCGUCCCUCCCGUAACCCAGGCUAAGAAGCACAAGAAGGCGCUGCGAUCAUCGAUUAUUUCUGUCAUUACAACCCAGCCCCAGUCUAGGAAGCCAUCCCAAGCUAAAGGCGGGUUGAGUACGUAUUCGUUGAAGAAGGAGAAGCUGCUUCGUGCUUUCCGUCAACGUGGGGCUCCGGUAUCGUUGGUUCCUACAGAGCUAGCAGUUGAGCUAGCUCUCAACGGUCAAGACUUCUGGUCGGUGGCUCCAUCCACAUGUUACUCCAUAUUAACUCCGAUCGUGGUUGAUGUCGAGCCAAAGUUCAUCUCCAUCGCUGGUGGCUCGACCUUGUAUGUCUCGGGGAAUAAUUUUGUUAACACUGGUUGUUUACGCGUGGCAUUUGCAGUGGUGACCAAGGACGAUACCACUCAGACUCUUGGUAGUGAACGUACAAUUGUCGUGGAGGCCAAGUACCGGUCAAGUACAAGUAUUGUAUGUAUGACACCACCACUGAAAUUGGCUACUGAAGCCUCUUACGUGAACGUCUACAUCUCUCUCAAUGGAUCCGAUUUCGACGGUAUCGCACUGCCUAAGCAGCUGAUAAAAUUGAGUGAGCCUGCAGCUGAGAGGCCUCUAACAGGCGUAAAUGUUGACGAACGCAUCGAAGAAAGUGAUGAAACGGAAGAACCUCCACGAAAGAGCCCGCGGAAGAAUACAGAGAAUGACAGUGCGAUCACUCUCGUUAGUGAACAGUAUGUGGUUGACUGCAAGAGGAUUAUAUCACUGGCCCUUGAUGGUAAUGGAUCGGGAGGGUUUUUGUCAACACGGCUAGCGACUUCUAGGAACGAAAAUUUCUUGCUGGUGCCUCAAGUUCGAGUCUAUUUAACGCCUAAAGUCACGCGAGUGCGGCCGACAGACGGGAUUUACACGUCACAUCUAACCAUUGAUGGCACAAAUUUCACGAAUACAGGCAUCGCCACAGCACGCUUUACGUCCCAGUUUGCCGAUGCAGAAGUCCGUACAGCGAAGCUUGUUGUGGUAUCCAGUACACGGAUGGAAUGCUGCGUUCCUGAUUUUCCUAGAGGGGUAAUGGUAAGAAUAUCGGUGGCGAUGAACGGUGUCGAGUAUGUCCAGUGUCCGGGAGAACUACGCGUGUUUCAGUCCCCGCGACUGACAGAACUGUACCCAAAUUGGGUCUCAGCUAAUACGACGGUGGAGUUAGAGCUGCGUGGCAUCAAUCUAACCGCUGCCAUCGCCUCAAUGGACAAUAAUCGAGAUCAGGAAGAUACUGCUAGUAUUCAAGUAUCGUUCAGCAAUACUCGCGAGAAGGAGGUCGUUCGUGGUAAAUAUGAAGAUGGUAAGGUACGUUGCUCUAUUCCUCGAGAGAUAUGGCGGGCGUCCAGUCGAGACAAGAGGUCUCAUUCCCCUACGGCAAAAACCUCCCCCAUUCUUGUCGAUAUUUGGCUGGGUGGGAAGUUCACAGGUUCACCGCUACCGCUUCACGUCUAUCGGGAUAUUCCCACCGUUCAUCUUGUAUCACCGAUGGAUGGACCAGUCUAUGGUGGCUUCGCGAUUGUUGUUGAAGGCCGUGGAUUCAUCGACACAGGGAAAAUCGUUGUGCGCUUUCAACUGUACAGUGAUCAACGCGAAUCAACGCCUCGAAUCGAAGAUGAAAGUUCCAGAGUAUCUCAGAGCCAACGAGUGUCACCAACCAAGAGCGUUAAUACUCUCGAAAAACGUCAAGGAAAAGAGGGAGCUGCAAACGGGAAGACGAAUGUGGAGGCUUCAUCGGAAUCAGCAUCGUUCGUGGACGUGGCCGCAAAAUUCGUGUCUGCUGAGCGAGUACUUUGUCCAGCUCCUGCAUUCCCUCAGGAAGGAGUGUACACGGUAUUGGUGGCUCUGAACUGCGUCGAGUUCAGUCGAGUUAGCGACGGCUCAUGGUUUCUAGCGUGGCAGAAUUGGCAGAAGCGGAAACGAUUGCUAUCCCACGCACUCUUCUCUCGAGCUUCUGCAGCGAACGAUGCAGCCUCUGCUGCUGCAAUCGCCGGAGCAGCGGCUGCUUCUGCAUCUUUGGACGAAGACGACAUCGAAAAGCUAAAGCGAAAGUCAAGCUUCAUGCUACCGAAGAUCCGAAGUGCGUUGGCAGCAACUCCCGAGGAUUCCUCCACUUUCAGAGCCAAAAACAACGAGCUGGUCUCUGAUAACAGUCUCGCAUCCGACGAUACAGAAGAAAUGUUGAUGAAGGACCCAAAACUGCUUCAAUGGUGCCCUACGUCUUGGAUGGAGACGCGAGUCAGCGGUCGGCCGUUAUUGUCGCUACUUGAGUAUCUUUGUGGUAUUCGUGAGACUCAACAGUUCAUUUGUCGACGCUUACGUGUCGCCUUCCGGCUUAAAAGUUCUCAAUCUCGCGGCGGUGACUCAACAGAGGUUCCUGCACUCCGCUUUAACCUUUUUGUGGAAGCUAUACGUAUGAUAUUCCUCAAUGCUCUCAUGCGUGAGCUUGAAGAACUGUGGCAUGCUGCUGAGCAUCGACCUGAUGGAACUAUGACGAUUAAGCAGUUGCUAAGACGAUUGCUACGCAACGCGGCGUCAGAUCAGCGUAGCAUGAGCCCGGAGCCAGGUCCAACGCAUUACGAUCCACGAUACAGCAUCGUGUCCUCGCGGGAGACCGCAGCGAUUAUUUUACCCCCCGUCGCGCAACCAAAGAACAUAUCGGACCCUCCGUCUACGCUCUUUAUGAACUACGAUGCUGCCGUUCAAGCCGUGAAGCCUCGAGCUCCUCGCCCUGUAUUUCGCAAGCGAAAGUUUAACACAUCGUGGUGUAAUCCAGUCGUUGAAGGUGCGAAGGAACCGACACCAAGCCCACGACCACCCUCACAGGUUAACAAAACACGGCCGAGUCCACGCACGCGAGUUAGCGAGGACAUGGUAACUGAAGUUAGCACUACACUCACUGCAAUUGGCGGUGCUACUGGAACUGACGAAGAUAAAGCUGCUGAGUCACAAGCAGGUAACCAGGUUGAUGUACAUCAGCAGGAAGCUACGGCUAAGGAAGACGCAGUUCGAACUCCGGAUCAAGUGACGAUCGCUUCCAGCAAACCCGCACGAAGUCUACCUCCUUCAACUCCUGCUACUAACACAAUGAUGCCUCGCCAAGCCACUCUAAGUGGACCGAAUCCUUUCUACAACGACAUUGCACCGUUAUACGCCAAGUUCCUCAACUCAACGGAAGUCAAGAGGUUUUUGAAGCAGUAG